AAUAAAACAUUUUGUUUCUUAAUAUGGUGGGGCUCGGGGAACCAAUGGGGGAAUAGGUGGAUGAAUAAGGAAAGCUUGGUCUGAUUAGUCUAUGUGCGUGCUUCCACUUUUUUCUGUGUUUCUCUGCACUUCUUGCUACCUCUCUUUUGGGACUUUCUUUCUUUUCCUUCUCUCUCACACUUACCCCUCUUAGUUUUCUUCCCUUUUCUGUGCCUUAUUCUCUCUUCACUGCUCAAAAACAUUUACAGAUUUUGCUAAUUCGGUGCAAAUCUGAUUCCCUUUUGACAAAACCCUCCUCAUGGCUUAUUGAGAAACAACAACUACAAUUUCAACUUCCUUUUUCUAACCGCUUUUCUGGGUUUUCAAAUCUUGCUAGGAGAAGGCUCAAUUUUGGUGGAAACCUCUCGUAGGAGAAAGCAUAGUUUCUGGGUUUGUUUUACUUGAGCUGUGUAGAGAUGGUGAGAGGAAAGACUCAAAUGAGGCGCAUAGAGAACGCCACAAGCAGGCAAGUUACCUUCUCCAAGCGGCGCAAUGGGUUGCUGAAGAAGGCCUUUGAACUUUCUGUUCUUUGUGAUGCUGAGGUUGCUCUCAUCAUUUUCUCUCCAAGAGGAAAGCUUUAUGAGUUUGCAAGCUCCAGCAUGCAGGAGACAAUUGAACGCUACCGCAGGCAUAACAGGAGUGCUCAAACAGUGAACAGAUCUGAUGAGAAGAAUAUGCAGCAUUUGAAGCAAGAAACAGCAAACUUGAUGAAGAAGAUUGAGCUUCUUGAAGCUUCAAAACGGAAGCUCUUGGGAGAAGGAUUGGGUUCAUGCUCCUUGGAAGAACUGCAACAGAUAGAACAACAGUUGGAAAGGAGUGUAAGCAAUGUUCGUGCAAGAAAGAAUCAGGUUUACAAGGAUCAAAUCGAGCAACUAAAAGAAAAGGAAAGAACCCUAUAUGCUGAAAAUGCCAGGCUGUGUGAGCAGUAUGGUGUCCAGCAACAGCCAGGAACAAAGGAAGUGAAAGAAAAUCAACCGUAUGAAGAAAGCAGUCCAAGUUCAGAAGUGGAGACUGAAUUGUUCAUCGGACUACCUAGGUCUACUUUAACAUAAUCUAAUCCUUGCUUAUGCAACUGUGAAAUAAGGAGAAGCCCAACUGUAAUCUAUAAUGUCACAUGUUUCCUUGUACUGAGAUGAAUAAUAUUGUCGCUUGAAUUUUAUAAUUUAAUGAUUAGGGUUUAGUUAACCCCUGUCUUCCUCAUUUA